CUUGGCGAUGCUCUUACACUCGCCCGUCUCUUUCUCUCACUGUCCACUCAUUUUCAAGGCAAUCUCGCCAUAUUUUCCCCGGCGAACAUCUCGCGCAUUCUCUCCUUCCACCUUCAAAUUAAUGUCGUCAGCCAUGGAAACAGGCCGUGUCCGGUACAGGCCCAUUGAAUACGUGGAGAGAAUGGAAUAUUAUGAGUCUGGAGGGUAUCAUCCAGUAAAAAUUGGCGAUUAUUUCCAUAAUCGCUAUCGGGUAGUCUAUAAGCUCGGUCAUGGUACAUAUUCAACUAUCUGGCUUGCUCGAGACGAGAUAUCCAAUACAAAUGUAGCAGUCAAAAUCUGCAGGGCAAGCGCUAACCCGCUCGAGCGUGAUAGACUGGCAGAACUAUCAAAGCCUAAACAGUCAUCAGACAUAGGCAGAGCUAUCAUUCCUUCUAUUUUGGAUAAGUUCAACAUCCAAGGGCCUAAUGGUAAUCACGUCUGUCUGGUAACUAGCCCAGCAAGGAUGAGUGUCUCCGAUGCGAAGAGGGAAUCAUGGAUUAGCCUUUUUCAACCUGAGGUAGCACGGGCAAUAGCAGCACAGCUUGUGAUUGCAGUUCGAUAUAUCCACUCACAGGGGUUUGUCCAUGGCGACUUGCACCGAGGAAAUCUUCUUUUUCUACCAUCUCGUGAAUUUACUGAGCUAUCUACUGAACAAAUAUAUAAGGAAUUUGGCGAGCCCGAAUUCGAGUCAGUCAGUCGGUUAGAUGGCCAAAAGCUGCCGACAGGGGUACCAGAAUAUGGGGUAGUACCUAUCUGGCUUGGAGAAGCAAGUGAAAACGUAACUCUUCCAGAAUCAAGGAUUCUACUCGCAGACUUCGGUGAAGCAUUCUCUCCCGCGAAAGAAGAAAAGUUUGUGUCUCAUACACCUCUCCUAAUCCGUCCCCCAGAAGCUCGAUUUGAACCUACAAAGUCUCUUACUUUCUCAUCCGAUAUCUGGUCACUUGCAUGCACUAUUUGGGAUAUUGUUGCCCAGAAAACAUUAUUCGAAGGGAUUAUGACAAACGACGAUGAUAUGACUUGUCAGCAGAUUGGGCUACUUGGCCCGUUACCGACUGAAUGGCAGCAAAAGAAUGGAGAAUCAAUUCACCAAUCCCAAUACCUAAAUCGAUCAUUAGAAGGCCGCUUCGAAAUGACCGUGCAGCAAGCGCGCAUAGCGGCGAAGAUGCCGAGUCUUGAGUUAGAGGAACAAAAUGCUCUGUUGUCGAUGUUGCGCUCGAUGCUUUCCUUUCAACCGGAAAAUCGUCCAUCUGCUCAGCAGGUUCUUGAGUCUGAAUGGAUGGUGAAAUGGGCUCUGCCGGAGUACGACAGGAUUCGCAACAGUCAAUAAUAAUAUGUAUUUAGUACGGUUUAUGUAGAGGAUAGCCUUAACAUUGUCCAUU